GGCGGGGCACGGCGGGGCGGGGCCGGCGCCCCGCGCCAUAAGGGUGGGCAGCGGCGGCGGCGGCGGCGGCAUCGCCGUCGCCCGGAGCAUCGCGGAGGGAGGAUGCAGGCGCUGCCCGGGGCGCAGGCGGCCCGGCCGUUCAAGCUGAGGAAGAGUUUCGCCACCCGGCUGGAAGAAGUGGCAGGAAUCCGAGCGAAGUUCCCAACAAAAAUCCCGGUAAUUGUUGAGAGAUACCAUAAAGAGAAAUACCUUCCUCUCUUGGACAAAACCAAGUUUCUUGUUCCCGAGGAGCUGACCAUGACACAGUUCAUAACCAUCAUCAGAAGCAGGAUGGCUCUAACUGCCACACAAGCUUUCUACUUGCUGGUGAACAACAAAAGCCUAGCCAGCAUGUCCUUGACAAUGGCAGAAGUGUACAGGGACUACAAAGAUGAAGAUGGCUUUUUGUAUAUGACAUAUGCUUCCCAGGAGAUGUUUGGAUGUGUUUUACCCACUGCUCAAGGGAAAACCAUGGAAUGCCCUCAGAAGACUUAAGGUGGGGUCCAUGCGCUGCAUUGGGGCAGUUGGCUGUGAAUCAUGCCUGUGACAUGAAUGUUGGAGAUGCUCCUUCCAGUAUGAGCUCUUGCGCUCUGUGAUGGGGAGUUAUGAUCCAAAAGCUGGCAGGACCAGCUUAAGGCAGAAAUGGUGGUACACUUUCCUAGGUAAUAAUUUGGAUAUAUAUUUUUAUAUUUGAAGACACUAUGGGUUUUUUGGAACUGCACCUCCACUUUUUUGCAAAACCAAUCUUUGUUAUGUAACUGAUUUCUAAGGUGUCCUUAAACCCUAAGUCAAAGAGUAAAAUAAAGAAGCUUUUAAGUAUUGAGUUGAAUGUUAGUUUUAAUCUGUGGAAAGUCUGUAAAAGUCUGUCUAGGAGAAGGCCCUAGAAUAAUUAUGGGAAUUUGAGCUCAGUGCCCCUUAAGUGAACGGUUACUCACACAGCCACUCUGAAGUUUUUAAUGGAAUAACAAAGCUUAAUCAGCUCCUAUAGGAGCAAACCCAUACCUAUAAAUGGUUCAUUAAGCUAGAUAUCUGAGCUGCAAGAUUAAGCAGACUGCAUGAGUGCUAUGCAAGAGCAUGAACCCUGGUUCAAAUGCAGUGUUACACCUAACACCUGGAUAAACUACUGUCAGCUGUUACUGAAAACACUGAGUAUCUGUGGUACAAAUAACUACUUGCUUAAAUAAGCAAAACUGAUUGUUAACCUGCGUAAUCUAAAUGCAGAUAGCAUGACUUGAACUGGACUUUAAUUAAGUGUUCAAGAGUCUGUUCUUACUACUGAAUUCUGCUAGUCUGGUCUCUGUAGAUACAGUCAUCCAUCCCAACUUGCUUGUGAGUUCCCCUGCAGGAUUUCAAUGAGCCUUCUUUCAAGGAUGGAUAGAGCUAGGUGACGUACUGUGUGAUUGGGGU